AUUGUUCUCCUUUGCGCCGUUCACAUACCCUUCUCGUAUCCUCGUCCCACUAUCAUUAAAUCUCGUGUUGUACCUGAUGAUCUAUGCACUGGUGUACGGUCCGUUGUCCGAAUGCUCUUCGUUUCUAGCUAUGUGUAGCUUUAGAACGUUCGCAUGCUUUGUACUCUGAAUUGCACAUCACUUGUUGUUGUUACACUUAUGGCCAUCUCAGAGUACAAGUACCUCAGUGCCGAACAGCGUGCGCAGUUCCUUGAACAAGGAUGGGUGAAGAUACCCCAGGCUGUCCCGCCUGAGAACAUUGCCCGUUUUACCGAGGAUGUAUGGAUCAGAUUAGGAUUCGACCCGAAUGACAAGGCAACAUGGACCAAAGAAAAGAUCCAUAUGCCCAGGCAUCGGGAGAUACCCACGAAAGAUUUCAUGCCUAAAGCUUGGGGUGCUAUGUGUGAGUUGCUUGGCGGCGAUGAGCGCAUCGAUAAGACUCUCUUCGAAAGCUGUGGGGACAGUCUGAUUGUUAACCUUGGCACAGAAGAGUGGGAGGAUAACCAGGUCGAUCCUAAAGAUCUGGGGAACUGGCAUAUAGAUGGAGAUUGGUUCACACACUUCCUUGACUCGGGAGAGCAGGGCCUGACCGUAAUUGUCCUAUUCAAUGACAUCAAGCCUCGCGCUGGCGGGACAUAUAUUGCGCCAGACGGAAUAAGCAAUGUCAUUCAAUGGUUAUAUGAGCAUCCUGAGGGCGCGGACGUGUUCGCUCAAGAUCCAGAUGGCAGCCGAUCCAUAUGUUCAAUUCAAUCUUGUACGAAUUUCGUCGAGCUGACCGGUGAGGCCGGGGAUGUAGUUCUACUUCAUCCUUUCAUGCCGCACUCCGCUUCCAAGAAUCAUCUGCGUAUUCCACGUUUCAUAACCAAUCCACCUGUAACCUUGAAAGAACCUUUCAAUCUGAAUCGCGAGAACCCUUUGGACUACAGUCUCGUUGAACAGAAGACGCUGAGGAUACUAGGCGUUAACUCUCUUCCGGACUGGCAUAUCAAGGGUGAACGGAGACGCUUUACACCCAGGACUCGUGCUGGAAAGGAUGCUAUGAUCAUGGAAGAGGUGGCGAGGAUGAAGGCACACGCCCUGAAAACAGGACGACCUGUCGAUAGCAUGCAUCUGAAUGGUCCUGUUCCCUACCAAGUCGUCAUAGGAUGAGCAAGGGAAUUUUCCUUGUGCUAAACAACUGAUUCUGGCAGGAAAUGCAUUCUCUAUCUGAGCCAAAUAACCUGUGGGAAUAUCCAUAGUUGGAUUUUCCACGAUUUUCGGAUACUGGGCCAGCGCAUUCUGCUAUUCUGUAUCUUCCGCUUUGGAGAACGUAUCGAAGAAGUUCAGUGUCGUACUGUUUGCACGGAGAUCCUUGCAUGGAGCUGGUAAGUAAUCGCGAAGUCAGAGAAGGGCAGUACCCCUAUCUUCUUCGACUUUCUUGUUCGUGGGAUUCACUAAAUACAGAAGAAAAGGCAUU